CAGGCAGCACAUCAUUUUCAGGGCAAAGUGUCGGUGGUAAUUUUGAGGCAGAAAAAGGAAAAGAAAUGGGAUUUGAUUUGAGGCAAGUUGUGGCGGGCAUACUCACAAUCACCAUGUUUGUGAUGCUUGGUCAAAUGAUCAAAAGAGACCAUUUUGAUUCUCUCCAAGAAAAACUUCCAGGAGAACCUGAAGAUGUUCAAUUUGAUAGUACCGAUGUCUUCGAGAAGGACAGCCUCGUGCAGCUUUCAAAGAGGAGCAGAGGACCUUGGAUGGAGGGCAGUCGUGAGCUAAGACCAUGUUGGAGCAGGCCCACUUUGGAUGAGAUAGAGCAGGCAAGAGGGUAUGUUACUUUCUCAUUGACUAAUGGCCCGGAAUACCAUGUCUCUCAGCUAGCUGAUGCUGUGGUAGUAGCAAGGUACCUAACAGCAACACUCGUGCUUCCGAACAUAAGAGGAAGCAAACCUGGUGAUGAAAGAAACUUCGAAGAUAUUUAUGAUGUUGAGAGGUUCAUGAAAAGCCUGGACGGGGUUGUCAAAGUAGCAAAAGAAUUGCCCGAUGAAAUAUCAAUUCGGGAUCUUGCUGCCGUGAAGGUUCCAAAUCGGGUCACGGAAGAUCACAUUGAGGAAAACAUAGAACCAAUUUUUAAAUCAAAGGGAAACAUACGGCUUGCUACCUACUUCCCUACUGUAAAUAUGAGAAAAACCGCACAAAAGAGUAGUGCUGAUUCAGUCGCGUGUUUGGGAAUGUUUGGAACUUUAGAGUUGCAACCGGAGGUCAAUGAAGUUGUCGAUUCAAUGAUUGAACGGCUUAGAACUUUGAGUCGCAAAUCAGAUGGUCAGUUUAUAGCAGUGGACUUGAGGGUUGAUAUAAUCGAGAAUAAGAAUUGCCGUGGAAGUGGUUCUACUGCAGCAAAAAGUUGUUAUAAUGCACAGGAGAUUGCUUUGUUUUUGAGGAAGGUCGGAUUUGAUACUGAUACCACUAUAUACCUGACUCAGUCGAGGUGGGAUAACAGCCUCAGUGUCCUCAAGGAUAUCUUCCCCAAAACAUACACAAAGGAAAACAUAAUGCCGGAGGAGAAAAAGGGGAAAUUUCUCGAAUCCGAGGAUUCGGAACUAGAAAAGGUAAUAGACUUCUACAUAUGUUCCAAGAGUGAUGUCUUUGUUCCGGCCAUAUCUGGCCUGUUUUAUGCCAAUGUAGCCGGAAAAAGAAUAGCGUCGGGGAAACCUCAAAUCCUUGUUCCGGCGGAUAUACAAGGUACUGCUGCCAUGGUCACCAACUACCUCUCUCCUUACGUUGCCAAGAAGAACCAUUUGGCUUACUCAUGCUUUUGCUAACCUU